AUGUACCUCAAAAUGCGAAUACCACUCGACUUCUCCGCCGGUUUCCAGACCGGCUACCCUGCGACAUUGCAACGUCGUGAAGAAAUCGACGGCAGGAAAAUUACCACAAUUGUCAUCCUCGGUGUACUGGUUCUCCUCAUCUUCAUCGCCUUUGUCGUCUUUUCCCUCCGCGCAUCUCGGCGCUCUACCCGCGGCAACAACAAGAAACCUGGCGGCGGUGGCUUUUUCAAAUCAAUAUUGAAAAAUGGUGGCAGAAACAGAUACCGCCAGGCUCAGGAUGAAGACUCCACCUCUACCGAGCGACUGACCGACCGCCGUCGAUCCCGCCCCUCUUCUGUCGCAUUCGAUGCCUCGGCCGAUCAGUCGCAGGCCGAUGCCCGGUCUCCCAACAGCGCUGUCAACCGCAAUACUUCGAUUCGUUCGAUUAUGACGCUGCCUGCUUAUCGGCCUGAUCCGAACGAAACCGAGCAAGUUCUGGGUCGCGAAGGUGAACGCGGUGGUGUCGAUGUGGUUAUCGAAUAUCCCACGGAAGAAACAGAGGAGGAUUUGCGUGAUCAGGAGAUGGAGGCUCUUUACCAGAUUCGCCUAGCCCGCCGUCAAGAGCUUGCUGAGCGGGAGGAGCGGAGAGUGGAGCGCCGGGAAGCUCGGGAACGUGGCGACUUUGUAGCUCUGGACAACAUCCGAUCCAGAGCUCGGGCUGCCAGCAAUAACAGCGUCGUCGCUGUGCUCCGAGAAGAACAUGAACGCCUGAAGAAUGAACGUCAGAGAGCUGUUUCCAGUGUUUCCUACGCCGACCUCGGUGUUGCUCGUCACGACGGUACACGACUUCGCGCCAACAGCAAUGAGAGUGAGAGGAUGGGGCUGCUGUCAGACUCCGCCAGUAUUGCGGCCACCUCAAUCCGAUCUGGGGCCGGAUCAGCCAUGAACCACAGGAGAGGCAGCUCUGUAAUGAGCAUCGAAAGCGACCUACCUUCGCCAGGGUUCGCUUCUAGAUCACGGGCGAAUUCUCGACCAGAUACCCCCCGCCUAGAUACCCGAGCAGGGUCCAGCCCGGACGUUGAAGCUGACGUAGGAGACGCUGGUAUGCCCAUCUACUCUCCACCUGGAUACGACGAAGUCUCGCUGGAUGACGAGCGGUCCAGGAGCAACACCCCUCAACCUGGCACUGAGCCUCCGCCGACGUACCCCGGCCCUGCCCAGCAACGAGCGGAGAGCAUUGCCUCGAGCAUGGCCGACCUGGCUGCAGAUGAGCAGACUACGAACAACUCCGCAGACUCGCGCCGGAGCUCAAGAGUACCACGACUACCUAGUUUACGAUUGCAGCAAGUGCCGCAAAUCGUGAUAGAACCUUCCAGUGCCAGGCCUCACGACGAUAGGUGA